GUGCAAAUUGUUUGUUCAUAAUGUGUUGAUUCAAAUUUUUAGUAUAAAUUUUAAAAUUUUGCUGAUUUUCAAUCUUUUAUCCUGUUUCUGUACCAGUGGACCGAAUGAACGUUAGAUAAUCGGAGGAAUAAACAAACAACAAUUUAAUUCCAGUAGUUGAUGAAUUUACAUGUGUCAUUUAAUGAUUGAAAGCAGUAGUAGUUAUUAGUUUCAAAUGUUAUUUGUUAAAUUAUUGCUGUUUAAUUCCUAGUGAUCGACUGACAUAAAAAAAUUAGGUCUCCUUUUUUGUUAAGUUACACGUAUUGAAAAGGUUAAUAGUUGAAGUAUGUUAUAAAUUUCUCCGAAUAGUAUUUCUACUGGAAUAGAAAUUGAGAAAAAUGUUCGACGAAUUUAAUUAUGAAUUAAUCAGAGAGUAUCAUGAAUUAAAUGGCAAUUCAGAAUUAGAAUUGACUACAGAAUUAAGAGACACAGAAUCACAAACACAUACUGAAGAUGGUGUACCGAUACGAAAAUUGUAUGCGGGAAAUUUACCAAAACAUGCAAAUCCGCGUGAAGUUAAAAAACUUUUUGAAAAAUAUGGAGAAGUGGAAGAUAUUAUAUUAAGAAAACCCCAAAAUCCUUCAAAAUUUGCGUAUGCCUUUGUUACAUUUUCAGACACAAAUGAUGCCGUUAGAGUAUUAAAUGACAAAGACCGUAUAAUAUUUUCAUUUAGAAAACUUCGAAUAUCUCCCGCAGAUUCAUGGCAUCAACCAGAUUUUGCUCAGGAAACAAACAAAGACCCACAAGAAACUGAAGAAUCAUCCACCAAAACAGAAAAACCAGAAGCACAUGUAUUUUCAGAAACAGAUCCAACGCUGGAUUGUUUAAACGAUGAUUGUAUGCUAUAUAUUUUAAAUAUGCUUCCUUUAAAGGAUCGCAUUGUCGUAGAGCGAGUUAGUAAACGUUGGCGAACAUUGUGCCACGUAUUAUGGAAUCAACAACGAGUAUUAUGCGUGAAUACCGAUUCAUGGAGUUCAUGGCAUAUAAAUUUUACAACACAACGUUUACGAAGUGUUCUUCUACGAUGUGGACAUUCUUUAAAAACAUUAGAUAUAUCAGAGAAGACAUCGAAACUUAAUACACGCACCUUACAAAUUAUUGGAAAAUAUUGUCCAAAUAUUGAAAACUUAAAUAUAUCUGGUUUAACAGUAUCUUGUCAUGCAACAAAGUCUUUAGCAUCGUGCUGUACUAAUCUUCGUGAAAUAUCUAUGGAACAUUGUCCCGGUAUCACAGACUAUGAAUUAAAGCCUAUAAUUAUAGCCAACGAAAAUAUAGAAGUAUUAAAUUUAUCAAGAAAUUCAAAAUUAACUGGAUCAUGCUUCGAUUACUUAAAGUCAUCUGUAAAACAUAUAAAUGUUAUGAAUUGUACAUCGUUAGAAGGUGAACGUUUUGCGAAAAAUUUAAAAAGAUUCCAUAAUUUAUUACAAUUGAAUUUAGAUAGUUGUGUGACAUUACGAAAUUACACAAUAAAAAAUAUCGUUGACAGUGUUCCACAAUUACAACAUUUAUCGUUAUCAAAUGAUAUGCCAUUAGUGGAUUCACAAGGCACAAGUUUUUUAAAUAAAUUGGAAAAUUUAGUCAGUUUAAAUUUGAGUUUAAGUUGUUCCGUGAAUGACAAUACAUUAACAUUAAUAUCAAAGAGUUGUUUAAAAUUAGAAAUGUUGGAUCUAACAUGCUGUCGAGAAGAUACUGCUACUGUUAAAAGUGUAAUCACAAAUAGUGGUAUUGGAGCGUUAGCAAAUUUACCAAAUCUAAAAACAUUAUUCAUAAGCUAUUUGAACUUUAGCUCGGAUGGUUUAGUAUCAUUAUCAGCUUCUAGAAAAUUAACGAAAUUACAAUGCCGUGGAUGUCCAUGGAUUUCAGAUGUAGGAGCUAUUUCAAUAAUUGAUUAUUGUGAAGAUUUAACCGAUUUUGAUGUUAGCGGAUGUGAUUUAAUUACACAACGUACAGUCGAUUGUGCGAAAAAUGCAAUGGAAACAACACGCAAAGGAAAUUUGCCCUUAUGUCUAUAUGUUGGUGGUACACAUGUUCUUCCAGAUCAAAUACCAAAAUCACUGCCUCCAUUACUUAAAGUGUCUUUAAUAGAUUUAAGUGUAAAACAUUUACGUCCAGACUUUAGUGAUGAAUUAUUUAGUAAUAGCGAUGUGUUGCUGGAUGAAUCCUGGCCUAGUGAUGAUGAAUCAGAAUGGGGUUUUGAAAACGAGUAUGAUGAAGACGAUGACGAUGACGAUGAUGAUCUGGAAGACGAUGAUUUAUGGCCAGUGUUUUGAAUAUUGUUUUCAAUUCCACAAAUUAUGUAUUUGAUUUUUAAAAUAUUAUUUUUUCUUAAUUUUUUUGUA